AUGGGAAGGGAGAGUUUGCAGAAGCUGUGGCAGAAGUACAAAGUAGACAUUGCUUUCUAUGGUCAUGUGCAUAACUAUGAAAGGAUCUGCCCUAUUUACCAGAAUCAAUGUGUGAACUCGGAGAAAUCACGUUAUUCUGGCACGGUGAAUGGAACCAUCCACGUUGUAGUUGGAGGAGGAGGAAGCCAUCUAUCGGAUUUCACUACCAUUGAUACGGUGUGGAGCAUCUACAAGGACCUUGACUUUGGAUUUGUGAAGAUGACGGCGUUCAACCGUAGCUCCCUUCUUUUCGAGUACAAGAGGAGCAGUGAUGGGGAGGUGUAUGACUCCUUCACCAUCUCAAGGGACUUGUGCAUGAUGGUUGUGAACCCGCCACGCUUGCUACCUAACUAG